CAGACAGACUGGAGUAAAACAGAGAUAGGAUUUUUUUUCUUAACAGAAAAUUAUAUGCAAAAGAAAGCUGAAGAAAUUGGAUGAUUUUCACAGGAACACUUUGGCGAUUUUAAUCAGGCGUGCGUAAUUAUAUGAUUCACUGGCGUGCGUAUUUUGGUUUGUCGGUUAUUUUAGUUUUAAUGCCUAUUUUGUGUCGACACAACAACAAGAGCACCACUGGGCUGUUUGUUUGCAGAGUGCGCAGAUUUGCACAGCCUGCAAGGAGGGUUUGGGUUUGUAGUGACAGUUCGCAGGCUGAAGCUCGCCGCCUUCACUGAGUAUGGCACCAGCGGAGCGCACACGGAGCAAGUUGCACAGAUCGCAGCAACACUGAGGAAAGCAGUUUCUGGACGCUCAAUGGCAAUCACUGCAGGGCUGAGGAUACGUUUCUUUUUUUUACUGACCAUCACAAAGGACGCAGCUUAGUUAGUAAGCUGUUGACAUAUGGCAAGUUGCGUGAGAGAAGACCAAACCUGAGAUUUCAUUUCCACCAUGUCAGCCAAUGGGAGCUCAGAGGCAAGUUGCAGGUCAGAGGUCAGACCCAGCAACAGCACCUGCAGCCAGAAGGACCUGUCCAUCACUGCCUCCGCCAUCUCCAUGACCAUGGGCAUCCUCUCCAACAGCCUCGCCCUCUUCAUCCUUGUCAAGUCCUACAACCGUAUCCGGAUCAAGCACAAGGCGGCCUUCCUGCUGUUUGCCAGCAGCCUGGUGGUCACAGACCUGCUGGGUCACCUCGUCACUGGCUCCCUGGUGCUUUUUGUCUACAGCUUCCACAAGAAAUGGGAGAUGUUUGACCCUCACCACAUUGUGUGCAGCAUCUUUGGAGCAUGCAUGGUGUUUUUUGGUCUGAGCCCCUUGUUCCUGGGAAGCGCCAUGGCGGUGGAGCGCUGCAUUGGAGUCACCAGGCCUAUCUUCCACUCCACAGCUUUAGCCUCCCGCCACAUGAAAAGGCUGCUGGGACUCACGUGGUUGCUCGCUGCCCUGGUGGCUGUGCUGCCUGUGCUGCUGUGGAGGCCCUACAGGGUUCAGAGCUCCAGGAGCUGGUGCUUCUUCCAUAUGGAGGAACCUAAGGACUGGCUGGAUGUGCUCCUGCCUCUGCUUUUCUCUAUGCUAGGGCUGCUGGCCCUGCUGCUCUCGAUUGUGUGCAAUACACUGACAAGUUGCGCGCUGCUGCAGGCCAGACUGCGCCGCAAGCAUCACUGCAGGGGCACGUCAUACCACAUAGAGAUGAUCUGCCAGCUGCUGGCUAUCAUGUUGGUGUCCUGUGUGUGCUGGGGCCCUUUACUGAUCCGUGUCAUCGUACUGAGCACCAGGGCCAACAGCGAGCCCGCCUCUUUCAGUCUCCUGAUGGUGGUCCGUAUGGCCACAUGGAACCAGAUCCUGGACCCCUGGGUCUACAUCCUGCUGAGGAAGGCUGUUCUGAGGAAAAUCUUCACGUUGUUCCAAAGCUGCUUGGGCCCAAAGUCUCAUAACUUAUACCGCUGGCAGCGCAGCAUUCUCCGCAGCUCAACAGAGACCAGCAACUCGGGUAGACUACCUCUGCAAGACACUGCAGUCAAAUCCAUCACCUGAGAGGAGCUCAAACUCAGACUCUAAUUUAUUUACAAAGCACAUUUACAACAAUUCGUAUUGACCAAAGUGCUGUACAAAAGGAAUAAGUGGCUAAAUACAUGAGAGGCAACAUAACUGUCAGGUACACAGCUCACACGUUCAGAGACACAACACAAACAGACACACCGCAGAGAAAGUCAGGAAUAAAAGUAAGUUUUCAGCCUGGACUUAAACAAUGCAGUGGAGGGGGCACAUCUGAUUUGGAGGGGGAUGCUGUUCCACAGUUUGGGAGCAGUCACAGCAAAGGCACAAUCACUCCUGAGCUUGAAUCUAAAGCGUGGGGCAGACAAGUUCCCCAUGGUCAGCUGACCAGAGGAGGUCUGCCAUGCAGGAUGAGGCCAAACCAUUAAGGGCUUUGUGAACAAAUAGGAGAGUCUUAAAAUCAAUUCUGAAUUUUACAGGCAGCCGGUGGAGAGGGGCUAAAACAGGUGUGACAUGGUCUCUCCUCUGGGUACCUGUGAGGAGCCAGGCAGUGGCGUUAUGAACCAGUUGGAGGCAGGAGAGAGAGAACUGACUAAUAUCAGUGUACAGAGAGUUAUAGUCCAAACGGGAGAACAUGAGAGCGUGGCUGACUAUCUCCAGGUCCUUUGAGAAAAACAGGAAGAGGCUUUGAAAAUGUGCAGAAUGUGGAGAGGUUGGAAAAAGAUAUACAUUUCUUCCCUGUUCCAAAACCAAAAUCAAACCCUGAAAAGUGUAGGGUUAUCUAGCUAGCUACUGAAGAUAUAGCCUACUGAAUGUAUACACAUGCUGCUUUUGCUUUUUAAUGAUUAUGCUGAUAUUCAACCAGCUGUGUGUCAUCGCAUUGUGCGCAGAAGAACACUGUUUGACUUCUGCAGAUCCCUGCCUGUCCGGCGGCAGAGGUCUGGCGGCACACACUGUGAUGCCACACAGCUGGUUCAAUAUCAGCAAAGUUUCCCUUUAUAUUCAUUGUCUUCUGUGGCGAUCAGCAGUGAUGUGGUGGUUCACUUUUACACUGUGAUCUGUAGCCUAUAGUUCGGCUUUAGCUUCUAACUGUCUUUGUCUUUUUAACCUGUUGUUGCUGCUGAGUCAGUUGGACAUCCUGGAUAUAUCCUUCAAACACAGACUGAAGACAGUGUGGGCUCCAUUCUUACUCUGACAGCUUGUCGGACCAUCACAAAGGGGCGGGGCUUGGCAAAGGUCAAAAAAAGUUAUUGUAAAUAACAGUUAUACAGUUAGUAUUCAUGUUGGAGUUGUAAAAUGGUCACAGUGAACUGGCAGUAUCGUGCUCUGUUGUAUUAUGUGAGAUUACGUUUUAGAUCUCAACUUUCAGCUUUGAAGAAAAUCUAUUUUAAAUGUUCAUAGUGCUCAGAAAAUAUUACAGUCACUGCCAGAUUGAUUCAGUCGUUUCUUUAUUAAGCUUUUUCUAAUGGAAAAAAUGUAUUUACUCUUAAUGUUGCUGGAAUUUCAGCUACAGUUUGUGCCCUUAACCUCAUCUUGAUUCUGAUUCUUCUACUUUUGAUCUUGUUCUUACUGACAGAAGUCCAGGUCACAAACACAGUGUAGCCCUGUGUUUGUUACGUAACAUGUAUAUAGUAAAGGUGAUAUGAAUUCUCUGGGUUAUAAUGUGGAUGUAUGGUUAAUGCAGACACAAAAGUUUGCUGCAGAAUGUACAAAAUAAUGUAAUGUAAUGUAACUGAGCUCAUCACUGGUUUUGAUUCAGUCUGCAGAAAUAUUUAUGUAUAAACGGCACACUGUUUAGAUAUUUCUAGCAUACAGAUCAUAUAGAAACAGUCUGGUCAUCUUUGUAUGAGCAUAAAAGUUAUGUGUUGAUCACAUUUAACUAAUGAUUUAUUGUUUACUGAUUCACUAUGCAACAGUCAUAGUGAAUCAGUAAACAAUAAAUCAUUUAACUAAUGAUUUAUUGUUUACUGAUUCACUAUGACUGCUGCAUUUCCUUAUAGCUGAUCAUGCUACGUUGUUUCCAGGCAUUUUCAUACCACUAUGUCAGAAUGAAAUCAGACAGAGCAGGGCCGUCAGUCAGGCAGUGGUAGGUAAUAUUACUGUUAAUGCGCAAGAGUUUUUUCAUCUCUCUUAUGAAAUCUUUUCAGUUUCCUUGGCCUAAACUGUGCAAUAAAGGUAAUAAUGGAAAACAAAUAAACGAUAUAAAAAUAUAAAUUGAAGGCUCAUAAAAAUGUUUUGUUAUGAUGGUCAGGAUAAUGUGUGUUAGGAGGAGGUUAUUCUCCACCAGAAACAUCUUUUGAGGAGAGGG